GGGCGGGGCGCGUUGGGCCGGGCCGGGCGAUGGAGGCCGACCCGCAGCUGGAGCUGGACGAGCGGCUGCGGGAGGCCUGCAGUGUCGGGGACGCCGAGUCGGUGCGGCGGCUGCUCGACCGCGGGGCCCGGGUGAACGGGCAGAACCCGGUCAACGGCUGGUGGGUGAGCGGGGAGCGGGGAGCGGGGAGCGGGGAGCCUGGGCCCGGGGAGCGGGGAGCCUGGGCCCGGGGAGCGGGGAGUCUGGGCCCGGGGAGCGGGGAGCCUGGGCCCGGGGAGCGGGGAGCCUGGGCCCGGGGAGCGGGGAGCGGGGAGCCUGGGCACCGGCGGAGUUUCUUGCUGCGGACAUGCCUGGUCCGUGUUACAGGACAUGCCUGGUCCGUGUUACAGGUCAUGCCUGGACAAGCCUGCACUGGGCGAGGUAAGCGUGGGCAUCACCAGAUCGUGUCGUUGUUGCUGGAGACCGGGGCACAGACACACGUGCUCACUAGCAAGGGCGAGAGCGCAGCCCAGCUCACCACCAGGCCCGAGCUCACCGCCCUGUUAGGAGUGGACGAGGAUCAUAGACCGGCGGCCAAUGGCCACGAGGAGCUUCCCAUCGUCCCCCACUACCUGGCCAACCCGCCGCUGCCGGUGGGCGAGGCUGAUCCGGCCCGCGGCCCAGGACAAGGCUCAGGCCCAGCGGGGCUGUUCGCCAACACUGGCCAAGGCUCCGUCCCAGGCCCCGCUCCACAGCUCCUCCCACCGCCUCCAGCUCCUGGCCACUCCCAGCUCUUCUGGAUGGGAGCGCUUCCCGAUAGUGAGCGAGAACUGGUGCUGAAGGUUCGGCUCCACAGCACGGGGACAGAAGCCGACUUCAUCGAGGUGGAGCUCGACCGUGGCUGCCUCACCUACCAAGCGCUGCUCUCCCUCGCCAGUCACGAGCUGGGCGUCAGUCCCGAGCAGGUGGAGAGGAUCAGAAAGCUGCCCAACACUCUGCUGAGGAAGGACAAGGACGUGAGACGGCUGCAGCAUUUCCAGGAGCUGGAGUUGGUGCUGAGGGGAGCGGAGGGAGAGGCGUUGGUGCAGGCAGGUCUGACCGAGCGACCCUGCUACAAUCCUGGCGCCGCCACGCUGAUCUACUGAGGGGCUGGUGUAGGCCCGACCCCCACCUGUAGCCCUGGGACUGGCCGUACCCCAGUACUCCCCCUUCCUGCACCCAAGAAACGCCCACUCCUGACCCUGGAAGCACCCCCCACCCCCCCCCCCCCAAUCCUGUAACCCACAACCCCUGGCCCCCUCAGCCUCUGUAGUCCUGGAGCCCCCCCCCACCGCUCCUGCACCCAUGAAGCUCCAACCCUACACCCACGCUACGGAGCAUCUGUUUACAGAUUGGCUGAACACAGACAUCCGGAUAUUUUUCUACUGCCCUCGUGCCAGGGGGCAGGCGUCAGGGGUCACCCUCCUUGUGCUGGGGGGUUCAGGGGUCACCCACCACGUGCCUGGGCCCCACCCUGACCCCUCGCCCGGUCAGGCCACGUCAGGUGUGGACGCCCCACUGUCCCGCCCCCCUCCGGCUAUGCAGCUAGAUAUCGCUAUUUUUCUAUAAACCUCACUCUUUUAGGCACUUUUCAAAACUAUAUUAAUUAUAGUUAUUAAUAAAACUCGCUCUGCCUUUGCUGCAGAGACUGCAAUAAUG